AUCAGUUUCAAGUGAGCAAAGGACUCCUAUUUGUGUUCCUUGUGGUUCCCUCCCACCCUUGAAUUUGCCAAGUCCAUCUAGCAUGGAAAGGCAGACAUCAGUUUCAAGCAAGCAAAGGACUCCUUUGUGUGACAGAGAAAAUGGAUUUGACGAUAAGGUUGUUGAUGCUUCUGUUUCUGCAUCAGAUAACCCAGUUACUUCUUGCAGUGAAGUCAUUCUAGUCAAUGGCGAUCAAUUUAAUAUCAUAGAGAAAUUGAUUAAAAAAUAUCAAAAAAUCAUUAGGCAGUCAAAUGAAAUGGGACUUCAGACUCUAGAAGAGAUAAUGUUGUCAUUUGCAAGUUCUGGUAACCACACACUUGAUACUGCAGCUGUGGAUGAUUCUGAUCCCAGAGUGGAAGUAUUAGCUUGUCAAAUAGCUGAAUCAUUCAAAUUGAAUGGGUAUAGCAUGUUUUCAUCUCUCAAAGCCAAUUAUGAUGAUGAAGUUCUCUCUGCAACAGGCCUAAUUACACGUGCCUUUAUCUUUUCUCAAAACGAGAAGAUGCAGAAGAUGCUUCUCUUUUGGUCAAAAAAUGGUUGUCCAGUGGGGGCACGCUUACUAUCUUAUGCAUCAAGACUUGCUCAUGAGGCAGAGUUGAUGGGAUGCUUGAAGAAUGCUAUGGAUGAAAAUAGCUACCCCAAGCUAAGUUACUCAGAAAUGAUAUUAUUGAAAUGUCAUACUAAUGGAUUUCUUACUUUUAUGAAUGGUUGGAGGAAAGAUUCUCUUGAUGUCAAUCAAGUGGAUGGUAAGUUGGUUGCUAAGUUGGUAGAAGGUGCUUUUGCUGCUUACAGACGUUUCCUUGUGUUAUUGAGAGAUACUUUAUGUAAGGAAGCAGAUAUGUCUGUAGCUAAGCUCUUGUUUUCUGACUUAAUGACUUGUUGUGGGUGGGAAAUAAAAAGAUUGAAGUUGUUAUUCUACAGCGUCUUCUCUCAUCUUUCUGAUUUAUCUGUUGGUGAUGAAAAUAUCAUAAGGUUACUUGUGGACCGAUUGAGUGACACAGAUCUAGUCAGUGUGCAGUUUGAGAUAGGUUUGAAGAAGUUCUCUAUCUUUGGAGAGGACACUGAGAAUAUAUUGCAUUUGGUUAAGAUCUCUCUCAAUUGGGGCUUUGUAGAACAGCAGAAAUUCUGGGGCUUGAUGAGAUCGGAGCUAGUAGUCUCUAAGGUUCAGGUGGAUAGGGUAGUCCAGGAUUUCUUCUGCGUAGGUGUCUUAGAUCCAAAUGUACAUUCCAUCGCAGUAGGAGGACUUCUGAUGCUGUCUGGCUGUUGUGCUCCUACACCUGAGCUUGUUGAUGUAGUGAUGUCAUUAGCUGAUGAUCCCUUCCAGGACUUUUCUGCGACAAUCUUGGCUAGUUGGUCUGUCUCAAAUGCCCCAAUGUUAUUUAAUAGCUUGGCUAAAUGUUUGGAGAAAAUCAACAAGAAGAAUGAUCAUUCUAUCUCUUCUAUUUCUGGUGGGGUUAGAGUUAACCACUCUACCAUUUUGAAGUUCUUGAAUUUUCUCGAUAAACAAAGGUUGAAAAGCAUAAACUAUCUGAACAAUACACCUGUAAAUAUUUCGGAAAUAAAAGCCAAAUUAUCAGAGGUAGCCACGGCUCACAAGAACAGAUGAUUGCUCUGUCAGCGACAAGUGAAUUUCAUAGCUACCAUUGCAGUCUGUGGUCAGAAGUUGACAUUCCAUCCAACUGAGUUGAUUUGAGGUGUUUUCCUUCUCAUUUGUAGGUAUUUGCUUUGUCGCCGACUGAGGUUGGAUCUGUGAUAAGCCUGCGCCCUAAUGAUUCCUGUGAAUUUUUCCAUGAUCCUUCCAU